GCGGGGGAUGGAGCUGGAGCUGGAGGAGGCCUUCGUGGCGGCGGGGCCGUUCGGCGCUGGUCAGCGGCGCCUCACGGCGCUGCUGGUGCUGCUGCAGGUAUACGUGGCUUGUCAGUCGAUGCUUAUUGUGCUUGUGGGAGCUGUGCCUGAGUAUCACAGAGACCAAGAAGGAAUUCUGGUGAGCAGAGCUGAGCUUGCCAAGCAUAUCCAUUUUGCCAGGAAUUUCACAUCCAUCGUAACUGAGUGGUACCUAAUUGAACAAGAAGCCUACAAAGUAAGCCUUGCAUCAUCCCUGUUUUUUGCUGGAUUGCUCAUUGGAAAUAUCACAUUUGGCCCUUUGUCAGAUAAACUGGGCAGGAAACCAGUGUAUAUCUCAGGUCUAUUUUUUGAUGUCGUUUUUGGGUACGUCACAGCCUUAGCUCCAAACUAUGACGUAUUUGCAGUUUCACGGUUUUUUGUUGGAAUUGUGAAUGGUGGAAUGGCUCUUGUGUCUUUUGUCCUAACACAAGAAUAUGUAGGAAAAUCAUUUUGGUCAUUUACAGGGUCCUUAACUAAUUUGACGUUUGCAGUUGGCAUUGCUGUUUAUGCUUGGCUGGGUUACUGUGUCAGAGAAUGGCGCUACCUUGCCUUCGUGGCGAAUACUCCAGGAGUCUUCUUCCUCCUCCUUUCUUUCAUGCUCCCAGAAUCACCACGAUGGCUGUACUCCCAAGGGAAAAUGGCAGAAGCUGAAGAUGUGCUGCAGUACAUUGCCCUUGGUAAUGGAAAAGAGAGAUUAAAUCUGAAAUUGAAGCCAAAUGCAGUAACUUUGAGAAAUGGUGAAUCAACAGCUGGUAUCCUGACCUUGGUGAGACACCCGGUGCUUCGGUGGCGAACCCUCAUUCUGAUGUACCUCUGGUAUGUCUGUAGUUUUGUGUACUAUGGACUAACUUUAAAUGCUGGUGAAUUAAGAGGAAAUCUGUAUUUAAACGUGGCUCUUUCUGGUCUUGUGGAAGUUCCAGCAUUUCCCCUCUGCAUGUUUUUUAUUGAGAAAUCCUGGUCUGGCAGACGUAAAACCAUGACGUGUUUCCUGAUAUUUGCAGGAUUUGCCUGUAUAUUCACCAUGUUUUUACCAACAAGUGCUGGUCUCCUCCUUGGUCCCACUUUGUUAGCUCUGUGUGGAAAAAUGAUGGUCAGUGCUGCUUUCAACAUCCUGUACAUUUAUACAUCUGAGCUGUACCCAACACUGCUGAGAAAUGCUGGCUUGGGUGUGUGCUCCAUGUCUUGCAGAUUUGGGGGCAUUCUGGCUCCGUUUGUGCCAUCUAUGAAAUCUCUUAGUCCUUCUGUACCGUUUGUGGUGUUUGGAAUCAGUGGACUGUCAGCAGGAUUCCUGACUCUCCUCCUGCCAGAAACACUAAAUAAGCCAAUUGCUGAGAGCAUUGAAGACCUGCAGAGUCACAGAUACCAAAUGCUCCAAAAUGAAGAGGCAGAGCAAACCUGUUAGAAGACAACACUUGAAUGUGAGGCUUGUCUGGAAAUGAAGCCUGCAUUGAGAAUCUGAAGGGCAGAGUUUUGCCCCAGAUAUCUGACAGGAAACAUCUGAGGACUCAUGUAUAAUGCUGUUUGUAGCAUGCUCAACAGUUUUCAUGUGGAGGCAAAUGGAGAAGAUGGAAUAAGUUGAUCAAAGCAUGUGAGAAAAGAGCUGACAAAUCUGUGCAUUAAUUUAAUGACUUAACAAAAGCAUACUUCAGAGGUUUGGACUUCUCUACAGCUUCUUGAAGUGAAGUAUUAAUUUAUUUUACGAAAUGUAAUUGCUAGCUUCAGAUGAAGCUAUAAUGUAAUUGAAGUGAUGUGUAUAAUUUAAAAUUUAGAUGCCUUAUAUAUUCUGUUAAGCUGGAAUUGUGAAAAGGAGCAGCAUCCAGUAUAUGCUGAUUUUCUCUACAGGUUUUUUUCCUCGAAAUUACAGUACAUGCCUCAUGCUGUGAAGAGACCAAAGAUUUCUAUGGGUUGUUGACCUUACUAUGUUUAGCAUAAGAAACCUGAACAGGAGAUAAAUAAUACUAUAUUGGAAAAACUGCCAGGACUUGAAGAGGUACAUUUAAAGGAGACGAUGAGUAACCUUUUAGAGAAAGGUUAUUAAGUUCUAGAUGUACAUGUGGAAUGAGAAAGAAUUGAACAUGAAUUAUAUAUUGUAUAAUAUAAGUAGUGUAUAAUUGGUGUAUAAUCCAAUAUAUGUCACAUAAUCAAUUAGAAAUUCUUCCUGCGAGGGGAACAGUGAUUGGCUAACAGUUAAUGUAUUUAUGUUGGAGUUGAUACACCAGAAAUAUUACAGGUUUUUUGAUAGCAAACACAAUUUUGUUAUAAAAAAAUAAAUUUUAACAUCUGUAUUAUGAAUACUGCUUUUCCCAGGAUGUUUACACACCUUUUUUUUGAAGAAUACAUGUAUUGUUUUGAUUUUGGCCCUUUAAUGUACUGAUGGGAAAAGGUUACUGCAAGAUAUCUGUAUUUUGAGACGUUCCAUAGUUAAAGAAUAGUUCUGCAAUUGAGCAAGGACCUGUAGAAGUGUGUGUGCAUUUUUAUACACAGCUUGCUCUGCCUGGCUGCCUCACCAAACCCUGUGCUGUGCCCAUGUGUGCUCCACCAGGAGCCUGAUCAGGACCCCAAGAAGUGAUGAUCAGUUGGUGAUCAGAACAAUGUCUAGGUAAUGCUGACAUACAGGUGGAUGGCACAUGCAUUUCCUUAACCUCUGGCGAUAGAGCUGGAUGACAAACACCCAAUAGAAUGUGCUGCAAACUUUUAUCUUCUGAUCAUUUAUUUAUACAAUGAGGAUUAGAUUUGAGUUUGGGAUUUUUUUUUUCCUGACUAAUAUUAAUGCCUUCUAUUGCAUUAACAUUUAUAACCAUAGUAACUAUUGUACCUCUUCAAAGGUAUAAUUGGGUCAGCAGGGAUAUGGUAAAGACCAAGUUUUGUUACUGUAGACUUCAAUUUUUUUAUUAUAGGAAAUAAAGUUUAAUAAGAAAUAGAAUGAUAUAAAGUUGUAUUCCCAAAGCAGAGACAAGACUCUGGAAUAGAAGGAUCGUAAAGGUACCAUUAUGUGGUGGGAGUGUAUUUCUCCAUCCUGCACUGCAGCAGUGCAUUUUCCCUCUUCCUUUAAUUCAACAUUAUGUGAAAAAUGGGAAACAAAGAUAAUUUGCAUUUUGAA